AUGCACUUCCGGCCUCCAGCAGCCAAUGAGGGUGCAGCCAUGGGUGUUCCCUUGUCCGGCGUCCGGGCCGCGGGUUGUCUCCGGCAGGUCUUCGGGCGGGUCGACCCUGAGAACAGUUACAGUUUGGAGGUGAGACUGCUGCGGCAGCCCAACUUGGAGAAACUUGUCACGGUUGAAAUAGUUCCGGUACCUUGCAGAACGCCGGGUUCGCAGCUUCUCCUUUGUGAAAACCACAAGCAAAGUGUCAGAGUUUUCCAUUCAGAUCAACAACUUCAAAUUCUUAGCAUGGAAAAUUCAGAGAAGACAGAAGUGGUUCUUCUUGCUUGUGGUUCCUUUAAUCCUAUCACCAACAUGCACCUCCGGCUAUUUGAGCUAGCCAAGGACUACCUGAAUGGAACAGGAAAAUACAGAGUUAUCAAAGGCAUAAUCUCUCCUGUUGGCGAUGCAUAUAAGAAGAAAGGACUCAUCUCUGCCCACCACCGAGUUAUCAUGGCAGAACUCGCCACCAAGAAUUCAGAAUGGGUGGAAGUUGACACCUGGGAGAGUCUUCAGAAGGAGUGGGUAGAGACGGCUAAGGUGCUGAGACACCAUCAGGAGAAACUGGAGGCUGGGAGCUGUGAUCACCAGCAGAACGCACCUAUGCCGGCAAGGCCCGGACAGAAAAGGAAGUGGGCUGAACAAAGACAAGACAUUAGCCAAAAGAAAUUGCUAGAGCCAAAACCAAGAGAUGUGCCCAAGAUAAAGUUGCUGUGUGGGGCAGAUUUAUUGGAGUCCUUUGCUGUUCCCAAUCUGUGGAAGAGUGAGGAUAUCACCCAAAUUGUGGGAGACUACGGGCUCAUAUGUAUUACUCGGGCUGGAAAUGAUGCUCAGAAGUUCAUCUACGAGUUGGACACGCUGUGGAAACACCGGAACAACAUCCACCUGGUGAAUGAAUGGGUCACCAACGACAUCUCAUCCACAAAGAUCCGGCGAGCCCUCAGAAGGGGCCAGAGCGUUCGCUACUUGGUACCAGACCUUGUCCAAGAAUAUAUCGAAAAGCAUGAUUUGUAUAGUUAUGAGAGUGAGGAGAAGAACGCCGGUGUCAUCCUGGCUCCCUUGCAGAGGAAGCCUGCAGACACUAACUCAAAUUGUACAGCAUGAGGUUUUGGACUUCCAGCUUGGGAAUUUGAAACAGUCUGGCUGUUAGGAACUGGGAAGAGGAAUUGUGAUCUUAUGUCAUAAACUAAAGCUAUCUAAAAGUCUGGUAAAAAUCAAUAGUAGAUUCAGAUCAGGUUUCUCAUUCUGUUGGAGAUUGCUAAGAUAAAUGUGUCCAGUAUGGUCUUUUUUUUCCCUUCUUUUUUUUAAAAACAUACAAAUCCUUGAAUCUUUAAAAUGGGAUUAACAGCACGAAAACCAGAAGAUAUUCAAUUUAACUAAAAAGAAGAAGUAAAAAAGGACAUUUUGGCUUUACCACAUGAGAGGAGCAAAGCGGGAAAAGCAAGAGUCCGUUUAAAAUGCUAAGUUUUGGGGCACGUGGGUGGCUCGGUUGGUUAAGUGUCCGAUUCUUA